AUGUCUGAUUCCAAAAAAAGACAAUUGGAAAGCAGCAAAACUCCUGAAGUAUGGGAAAGAUGGCUCUCCGAACUAUCAAGUAGUGAAGAAAGUGCUAUGGAUGAAGAAAACGAGACGGAGGUUGACGAGGAUACGGAUAUCAAUGUGAAUGCUGCUGAAGAGAGUGACCAUGAGACCGAAUCGGAACUAGAAGGAUCAAGUGAUGAUGAAAUUCUUUCAGACGAUUCUGGUGAAUCUCAUCCCCAAAAUUUCUAUUUAGGAAACGACAAUAUCACUAAACGGAAGAAAACCAGACCCAAUUUGCAAGUUCGUAUUCGUUCGCACAAUAUAAUCAAACUUUUGCCGGGUACAAACGGUAAUUCGCGCAAUGUUGAAACAGAAAUUGAGUGCCUAAAUUUAUUUGUGAAUGAUUCGGUUAUAAGAAUAAUAAUCGUUUCCACCAAAUUGUAUAUUCAAAAAGUACGCGUUAACUUUCAAGAAGAUAGAAUGAAUCAAGAUGCAAGAGAAACCGAUGACACCGAAAUUCGCGCUUUCAUUGGCAUUUUGUUUUUGAUUGGCGCUCUUAGAAGCUCGAGAAAAAAUCUUCAUAAAAUUUGGGACAAUUCCCAAGGAAACGGGGUUGAAUCGUGCUACCUAGCGAUGAGCGAGAAACGGUUUCGAUUUCUGUUAAGAUGCCUGCGAUUUGAUGACAUCAAUACAAGACAGCAGAGAAGAGCAAUUGAUAAAUUGGCGGCUAUAAGAGAACUUUUUGAAGUAUUCCUGGUCAACUUUCAAAAUAAUUGUAUUGGUAGUGAGUUUCUUACUGUGGAUGAACAACUAUUAGCAUUUAGAGGACGUUGCGCGUUUAAACAAUACAUUCCUAGUAAGCCGGCCAAGUUUGGCAUUAAAACUUUCGCGAUGGUGGAUGCAAAAACGUCUUAA